AAUGCGUAUGGAAGUAAACAUUCAUCGCACCGAACACGGUAAUAAGUGAGAUAGCGGUCAGUUCUGUUCUACAUUACUGGGUGAAGAUAGAAUCGAAUUAAAUCAAUUUUCGUCCGUUAUUUCAACAAUUCCAAGCAUCUGAAAAAAAAAACGACAAUGAAUGUCGAUUCAUUACCUCGAGAAUUUCCUGCGAGUUGCAUUGAUUCGAAAAAGAAAAAUACUACCCACAUUUCAGCAUGGUUCGACAGAGAAGAAUUCAAACUCGUUUAUGAUCGCAUUUUUUCUUCCGACGUAUCGGACCUAGAUUCGAAAGAAUCAGGUCUGAAGCUAUUGAAAGUAUGGAAGAUCCGACAGAAUCGGCACACACCGGUCAGUGUGCUGUGCACGAUGACGAUCCUGGAGGUACAGAUUUACGAUGCCCAGCGCCAGCGGGAUAAAAAAGACGGCAAUAGCGAUGAAAUCAAAAACAUUUACUCUGGAGCCUUUACCAGGUUCAUUAACUAUCUCACGGAGAGUCACAAGCAGAGUGGUGCGGGACGGAGAGGUACUAUAUCGAAUCGGGUUGGUAAGAUCGGAAUCGAAGGGUUUAUAGUAGAAUUAAGACAUCUGUGCGCUCACACUUCGAUGUCGAUUUCGGUCGAUGUAUUUCGACGGUCGGCCGAAUAUUGCCUAAACUGGUUGAAGGUUUGCUACUGGCAACGCGAGCUGGAGCUGAUACAAAGCUGUGACGCGAAACAAAUAAAACGUAACACUUUGGAAGCAAAACAGCAGCAGGAACUGAUGUGCAUGGCUGCAAUAUACGAUGUUGCUACGAAAGCUAUGCAUCUGGGAGCACAAACGUUAAGCGCAUCGGAAAAUAAACUUACCCCGUCCCAAUUCCAACUUCUGCAGGAGCACGCUUUGGCCAACAGAAAUGACCGGUUGAACUCUAUUGUGUUUGAUGUUGUUCGUUAUCUUUCGGAAAAUAUGAAACUGCCCAAAUGUUCUGAAACGGUACUAGCCGUUUGUGAUGCCUUCCUUAGCUGCCAGUACAUGUUUGAAGCACCGGUCAAAGGAAACACCCAGGGACUGGCAUGUAUCCAUCAACGUCUCUUUCAAGUGCUGGUUGCAAGGGGCUACAUUCAGAGAUACAUGGAAAAACUAAUCGACAUCUGCGAAGACGGUCAGGAGUCGGCCGAACGAAGAGCAGGAGCGAAAUUUUGGGCCAUCGAGAUAGCUUUAGCUUUUCGUUUGUUGAAGAAAUUCAAGAAGCUCAUCAACAGUCUUCCGGCACGAUCGCCUCGGUACGUUCGUCGUGAACACACCAAGAAAAUGUCCAGAACGAUUCGUGAAAUCUACGAAAACAAAUUGAGGGUUGAUUUGCAGAACACAAUCAUUAUUGGAAUGUCGGCCAACUGUCCAUGGCAUCUGCGGUUCUCGAGAAGUUAUCUCAUCGAUCGGAUUUUGAACGUGAACGUAUACACCAAGGAAAUUAUGCCGAUAAUCCUAGCUUUGGCGGAACCUCAUCUAAAGUUGUCCAAACGGGAGUCAAUCGAGGCUGCGAUGGAAAAGUUUACACUCAAUUACUUGGCCGUAGCAGGCGACGAAGAGACGCAGCAUGACGAGCCCUCCUGUGCGAGUAGGACGACUUCUACUCCAAAAAGAACAGGUGGCCGAAAACAAACACAAUCCGAAGUAUAUUGUUUGGAUGAUGUUUUACGAGCUGUCGGACGGAAGCCUUUGGACGUUGACAGGCAAGAUGCGGAUGGUACUAAGAUACCCAAACAGUACGGUGUUUGGUCAGAAGUGCCAGCCGACGGAUUGGAUUGGGGCAGUUGCCCUUUGGGAAAGUUAGUUUGGGAUUAAUGAACCCUUCAAUAAAGGUGAAUGAAAAAUUGAAA